AUGACUACUACGUCACCGCCAUCGAGGACUGGACGAUCUUCAAAGGAUUGUUUGUUUUCUGAGUUUGACGAGACGCGUAGAAGAAAAGCUCAAGAAAUUCUUGAUAAUUGGAAAGGAUGGUGUACACAAGUGAAUAGGGAUAAAUUGAAAUCCUCCGAUGUACUGCAGGUAAAGAAGAUUAAGCAAUUUAACAACUUAACCGGGGAUUUCGCAACCCAGAACUUCGACAAUCGACGUGUAAUUUCGAGAAAACAUCCUCGAGAUGCAGAUGGUAAAGAGAAUACCGAAGGGGCUAUGACUCUGACGAAGAAGGUCACUAACAUGUUUCAUGCUUGGAACAAAGUGACUACUAACGACAUUGUACAAGGGCAAUCAGAAACUGAAGUUGCAAAGAAAAAUAAUAAAACUGAUGAACUUUUCCAAUAUAUGAGAAAACGCAAUAUAUAUGUGCUAUGUGGACCAUUUAGAAAAUUGUCGGAACUGGAUGCGGAGGACCGGUUUGAGAAAAUUGUUCAUGACACUACCGUGACGAAAAAACCGAUCAACCCACAUAUCAAGGAAUAUCUUCACGAUUUGCUCAGUGGGGAUAUUGAAAGUGCGUUGUCAAAAGUAAAAGAGCCACUCAGUAAGGACGCGCGAUCAUUCCUGUUAUGGACAAAUGAAGUUUGCCGGCACUUUAUUUUUUACUUCUAUUAUGGCGGUUUACAGAUAGACGGUGACGAAAAAAAUUGGUCCAACCAAACAGUCUAUCGCAUUCUUGAUUUAUUUUCGAUAUUUUUUGGAAAUUUAACGUCAGGAAUUGCCUUUGGAGAAAUUGUAAACGAAGCGCACAAAGAUAGAAUUUAUACCACAAAUGUUGAUCAAAAAUAG